GGCAGCGAGGCGAGCUGCAACAAGAUGGCGGCGGCGGGAGCCGAGGCGGCGGCGGCGGAGGAGGAGAAGCGCAUGGCAGAGGGCGACCCCGAGUCGGGGGGCGAUUCGGAGGACGAGGGCGACUCGGAUUCGUCGGGAGACGGCGAGGAUGAGGAGAAGGAGAACGAGGCGGAGAUCCAGCGGCUGGAGGAGCAGCUUUCCAUCAAUGCUUUUGACUACAACUGCCAUUUGGAUCUGAUAAAGCUGCUCCGCCAGGAGGGAGAGCUGGUGAAGCUCAGAAGAGCUCGGCAGAAGAUGAGCGAACUCUUCCCACUUACUGAAGAAAUUUGGCUGGAUUGGUUGAAGGAUGAGAUAAAAAUGGCUUCUGAAGUCUCAGAGCGAGAGAAAGUUUAUGAGCUGUUUGAGAGAGCCGUGAAAGACUACAUCUGUCCUGAAAUUUGGCUGGAAUAUGCCCAGUAUUCAAUCGGUGGCAUUGGUCAGGAAGGAGGAAUUGAGAAAGUUCGCUCAAUAUUUGAGAGAGCAUUGACAGCAGUUGGGCUGCAUGUGACAAAAGGAACAGCUCUGUGGGAAGCAUACCGUGAGUUUGAGAAUGCCAUCCUGGAGACAGCACAGCCAGCUCCUGGCAGCGUUCCGUCGCCUGAGCAGCAGCAGAUGCUCUGCAGCCAGCUUGAGAGGAUCCACACACUGUUCAGGCGCCAGCUGGGGAUCCCGCUGUUAGAUAUGGAGGCUUCAUAUGCUGAAUAUGAGGAAUGGUCUGAAGAUCCAAUACCAGAAACAACAAUAAAGAACUACAAAAAAGCUCUACAGCAAUUGGAGAAGUGUAAACCAUACGAAGAGGCACUGCUGGGUGCUGAAACACCGAAGCUAGCAGAAUACCAAGCUUACAUUGAUUUUGAAAUGAAAGCUGGUGAUCCAGCUCGCAUUCAGUUAAUCUACGAGAGAGCUUUGGCUGAGAACUGCCUUGUACCAGACCUGUGGGCACGCUACAAUCAGUAUUUGGACCGGCAGCUGAAAGUGAAAGAAUUGGUUUUGUCUGCUCAUGACCGUGCUGUCAGGAACUGUCCCUGGACGGUUGGGCUCUGGAUUCAGUACCUUUUGGCAAUGGAGAGGCAUGGAGUUGAUCAUUGCAUUAUUUCUGACAUGUUUGAAAAGGCUCUGAAUGCAGGCUUUAUUCAGGCAACAGACUACGUAGAAAUCUGGCAGGCAUAUCUGGAUUACCUAAGAAGAAGGGUGGAUUUUACACAAGACUCAAGUAAAGAACUGGAAGAGCUGCGAUCUGCAUUUGCACGUGCUGUGGAGUAUUUGAAACAAGAAGUAGAAGAGCGCUUCAGUGAGAGUGGAGAUCCAUCCUGUACCAUCAUGCAGAACUGGGCAAGGGUUGAGGCCCGCUUAUGUAACAACAUGCAGAAGGCCAGAGAGCUCUGGGACAACAUUAUGACUAAAGGGAAUGCCAAAUAUGCUAACAUGUGGCUGGAAUAUUAUAACCUGGAAAGAGCUCAUGGUGACACCCAGCACUGCAGGAAGGCCUUGCAUCGGGCAGUGCAAUGCACAAGUGACUAUCCAGAGCAUGUCUGCGAGGUGCUGCUCACACUGGAAAGGAUAGAAGGAACAUUGGAAGACUGGGAUGCAGCUGUUCAAAAAACAGAGAACAGAUUAGCUCGUGUUAAUGAACAGAGAGCAAAGGCUGCUGAGAAAGAAGCUGCUCUGGCAAGGCAGGAGGAGGAGAAAGCUGAGCAACGAAAGCAAUCUCGAGCGGAAAAGAAAGCUUCCAAAAAGGCUAAAAAAAAUAGGAUUGGAGAAAAGCGCAAAGCAGACGAUGAUGAUGAGGGUGAAUGGGGACAAGAAGAGGAAGAAGAGCAACCCAGCAAGAGACACAAGGGAGAUGGUGAUGGUUUGCUUCUUGAAGAAGAAAUGGAGUUAGAAACUGGACUGUUUGGAAGAAGUGGACCUGAGAAACCAGAUCAUCCCACAAACCAGAAGGAAAAGCCAUCCACCAGCCGAAAAGACGUCCCAAAAGUUCUGCAUGACAGCAGUAAAGAUAACAUUACCGUCUUUGUCAGCAACCUUUCCUACAAUAUGACAGAUCCUGAAGUGAAACUGAAAGAGCUCUUUGAGAGCUGUGGGGAGGUAUCACAAGUCCGUCCAGUAUUCAGCAACAAGGGGACUUUCCGAGGCUACUGCUAUGUAGAGUUCAAGGAUGAGAAGUCUGCUCUCCAGGCUCUUGGCAUGGAUCGUAAAGUUGUGGAGGGGAGACCCAUGUUUGUUUCUCCUUGUGUUGACAAGAACAAGAAUCCAGACUUUAAGGUGUUCAGGUAUAGUACCACGCUGGAGAAGCACAAACUGUUUAUAUCUGGUUUGCCAUUUUCCUGCACUAAGGAAGAGCUGGAAGAUAUAUGUAAAGCCCAUGGGAAUGUGAAAGACAUUAGACUGGUCACCAACCGAGCUGGAAAACCCAAGGGCCUGGCCUAUGUGGAAUAUGAAAACGAAGCCCAGGCCUCACAGGCUGUGCUGAAAAUGGAUGGCCUGACAAUUAAGGAGCACGUCAUCAAGGUGGCAAUCAGUAACCCACCUCUCCGAAAGCUGCCAGACAAGGCCGAGGCAGGCAGAGCCUCCCAGUUUGCAGUACCACGGCAGAUUUAUGGAGCGCGAGGGAAGGGAAGGACACAGCUUUCUAUGAUGCCUCGAGCAUUGCAACGUCAGAGUAAUCCUGUGGCUAAGGCUGAGAAUGGGAUGGUCCAGAAUUCACCAGCAACUUCAUCUGAACGUACUGAGGAGCCUAAAAAGAUGUCCAACGCUGAUUUUGCCAAGAUGCUACUGAACAAGUGAGCAAAUAGUCAGCAAUCAGCUGAGCUGGUAAAAUGUGAAAUGCCUUUAUGGAAGCCAUGUUGUGUCCUUAUGCUAGCAAGGAGAGAACGCCAGUCACAAUCACAUGUAAAUACUGUUCUGGACUACUGCAUUCUUUAAGAUCAGUGUAGGAUGGAACAAAUCCAUUUUCCUCUGUUUUUUAAGAGCAAAGAGUUAUACUACGUUCUGGUAAAAUGGCGUUAUGUGAUUCCUCAUAUUGAGGGUAAUGAGGGGGGAAACAUUUCCUGUACAGGUUGGAUGCCACACCGUUUUCUGAAUACUUUACAGAUAUUUCUCUUUCAUUAACGAAUGAGAUGCAAUGUGAAGGCCUAGCCAUAACCUGGUCGAGAUCCACUGGUCAGAAGCUCAGAUUGUGAUUGCAGUCAUUCUCUCUGACAGACCCAUUUUACACCGAAACAUGUUCACACAUCGAUCUCCUUCCAUUAAGAGUUAGGUGGCAAAUGCUAGUAACUUCACCACAAUGGCCUAUUUUAGUAUUGGGAGAGUUUCUAUACAUUUCUGUGUAUAUGUAUAUACACAAAUAUACAUAUAUAUGUAUUCAGUUAACGUUCUGUUCAAGUUGACCCAUUUUUUAUAUUGUGUAUUUGUAAAAGACAUUCAGAUUAUUUUUAAGUGUCAUGAGAUAAUACUUAGACCUGGUAUUUUUUCCCCAUGAAAGCUGUACAUGCUCUUGCUGAGGACCAUUUUUUGUUAGUUUUUUUGCUAGCUAGUUCAUCUGUCUUUUGCAGGUGGUUUCUGUAUGGUUUUGUACAAAUGUGAAGUGCACGCUGAAGUUUCACAGUUUAUUAAACUCAAGUUCUCAAAGGUUUUCUAUAAAUACUGUUGCUUUUGUUGAAAUGUGGGUGUUGGAAUUGCACUUAUCCUAUGGCAGCUAGUUAAUACUGAUGUACCUCACCUCUCAGGUGCGCUGAGAUACAGUGUCACUUGCAUACCUUUAAGUAGUUCAUUCCAUUUAGUAUGAGUAUCUUGAAACCACUUCAGUAAUCACCUCAGACUUGAAAAUAACCUGGUACAUGAUCUUGGGUAGAAAUAUUACUGCUUAUCUAAAAAUGCUGCUAACUGGAAGUCAGCACGUGUGGGGUUUGAAUGUGAGGGGGAGAGCAGCACCGAGUUCACUUGUACAACAUAAGCACUGCUGCAAAUAAACACUAUUUUCAGUGCUUA